CCGAUAUCCAUGCUGAAAAUUCCAAACUUGAACCAAAAAUACAUUGUGGAAUCAAAAAUAAAAAAAUAUUAUGUGUACUGACUGUGCAUGUCUUGCUUUUUUCAAAACUCCAAAACACCAGCACUUUAAGAAAGUUGUAUUGUUUGGCAAUUAAAGUCUGGAUAAGUACAAUUCUCUAAACAAAUGUUUUAUACAAAAUAUAAUGUAUCUUUAUUCGUAUUCUUUUGUGUUGAUUGACAAUUUCUAUCUCUGGAUUGUUUAAAUACUUACUGUUGACUGUUGAUAUGUUUCUUAUAUGAAUUGCAGAAUAAUUCCGCUAAAUACAAAUUCCUGAAUUCCGCCCUCUCUGUGUUUUGUUUGGAUUCUUGUAAUUCGGUCAUCUUGAAAUACUAAUAUUACGAUUACAAUAAAUUACUACAAAUUGGCGUCGCGAUGGAACUAAAUAACCUGGGAAAAUUUCCUAUUAAUGGGUCUCCGCGGGAGAUUGCUGAUUAUUUGGAAUGCUUCGAUGCGUGGUGCAUUUCCAAGAAUGUUCGGGAUGACAAAAUACCAGCACAUUUCAUCACUACUAUUGGGCUAAAUGCGUAUAGCCUAGUGAAGACUCUGUCGUUUCCAGAUAAGCCCAUUUCUCUGUCAUAUGACAAGAUCCGUGAACUUCUGAUACAUCACUUUCAUGUAACUACAUUUGAGACCAGAGAGAGGGCUCAGUUCAACAAACUGGUACGUUCUCCCAACCAGAAGAUUCGAGAGUUCAUUCUUCAACUUCAAAUUCAAGCUUCAAAGUGUAACUUUGGAGAUCAGUUGCGUUCACAACUACGUGAUCGUCUAAUUGCUGGAAUCAAUAUUCCGAAGUUAGAGAAAGAGUUAAUUCAGAUUCCUUCUUGUACCUUUCAAACUGCUAAAGAUUUAUGUAUUAUAUAUGAAGAUGUCAAUAGUGAAUACUCUGCUCCCACUACGUCAGUAUCUGAUGUCAUGCUUUCUAAAGUCGAAAAUACAAGUGGUAAUGGAAAGCAAUCCAAAUUGUCGUCCACAGGUAAUAGAAUGCAGCCAGAGAUCAAAAACAUUAAACCGUGUUUAUCCUGUGGAAAGUUACAUCUACGAAGCACUUGCCGUUUUCGGGGUGCUAAGUGCCAUAAAUGUGGUGAAGUUGGACACAUCAAGACUGUUUGCAGAAGUUCGAAUACUUAUGUUGCUCAACAUUCUUAUAAUUCUCCCAAGCUGUCUAGUAAAAUGGAGUCAAUGUGUCUUUCAACCUUUCAAAAUACACAAGCUAAUCCAAUGAAAACCUCCACUACAAGUUCAGCAACUCAAGCAUCAACUGUUUUCAAAAAUGAGGUAGCCGAGUUGCAAUGCGAACUGUCGAAAACACGAAAAAAACUGAAUGAGAUGAGAGAGCAACUGAUUAAAAUGGAGGAAUUGGUGCAUAUGCAUAGACUACGUCUGUUGAAUGCAGAGCAUACAAGUACCCGUGAAAGUCCUGCAAAACUUUUCAAAUCUCGAAUUCUCAAAAAGCAUCUGAUGUCCACGACUUCUAAUGUACAUUAUUACAAAGGGAAUGACUAUAGACCUUCUGUUGGAAUUAUACUACAAAAAAUGGGAAAUCGAGUGGUGAAGAUAUUAGACAUCAAAGAUCACUCAGUUCAUAACAGACACCUGGACAAAGUGACAAUAAAUGAAGUAGGUCGUUCCAAUUAUAAUAUUAAUGAUUCCGCUAAUAAUCCUGAUUUUGUAGAUAAUUCAGAAAUAGGUCCAGAUAUUACUGAUGAAAAUAAUAUCACAGAAUCAGUUAGGUCGCAGCUACUUUCAAGCAAACCGAGACAUCGUUAUAAGUACGCAAGGAGACAUUCGACGUGUGGUGAUUGACAAUUUCUAUCUCUGUAUUGUUUAAAUACUUACUGUUGACUGUUGAUAUGUUUCUUAUAGGAAUUGCAUAAUAAUUCCGCUAAAUACAAAUUCCUGAUUUCUGCCCUCUCUGUGUUUUGUUUGGAUUCUUGUAAUUCGGUCAUCUUGAAAUACUAAUAUUACGAUUACAAUAAAUUACUAUAUCCUUCGUCUUCUUACAACUUGUACACGUCUCAACCAUUCGCGCCUUCGAGUUGCCCGCCAAUGGCUAACAAGGUCAAUGAACCAACAUUCAAUGUUCAUAUUCCUUGACAGAGGGGUGAAACGUAAUUACAGAAUUCAAGAUAAGUCAAUUCUCAGGCGUUAGCGACAAAUUAUUACUUCGAUACAUUUGUAAAAGAGCAAUGAUCACUAAGAAGAAUAGGAUGAUUCAGAAGAAUUACGUAAAAUACAAACAAGUUAAUAGAAUUAGCCAGAAUUGUAAACAUUGAAAAAGAUAGUUACAAGGCUAGAGGA